AUGUGCCCAUCCGCCAAUGUGUCCGAGGGUAAUUCGGAGGAAGUAAAGGCGAAGCUGGGAGGGAGGAAGGGUUCACUCAGGUUGAUGCAAGAAAAGGCAGCCAGAAGAAUGAGUCUGUUCCGGUCCAAGUCUUCGCAAGGGAAUCCACAUAAGGAAAAGGGGGCCAGUACUGUUCGGCCAAUGUCACGGAACUGCACCACGGCCACCAGUCCCAGGUCCAACUCCGUGACUUUUGAAUCCGCCGCCGCCGCCGGUUAUCUGCAGCCACACCAGGAGAGCUGGGCUCAUCCGCCCCAAACCCGCCUAACCUGGAACUACGAUACAACUACUUAUGCCUCUCAGCGACUGAUCAACCUUGCUGAGGAGCCGGCUUUCGUACACACAACUGCCGUAUCCGAGCGCGCAACGACCAUGACAGAGCAUUCAUGGAACGGCCAAGAUUACUUUGAAUACAACGGAGCUCCUGCUAGAAAGCAUUCAUGGAACGGCGGGGAUCACUCUGAAUACAACGGAGCUCCUGAUAGAAAGCAUUCGUGGAACGGCGGGGAUCACUUUGAGUACGACGGCGCUCCUAUUAGACGCGCAGACUCCGAUCUUUCUCUCUAUUUGCCAGUCCGCAGACGAUCGAUACUUCAAACGCCCGGUGUGGCAACGCGCAGAACUUCCACAAGAGAUGGCCUGACCCACUCGCAGUCAGUCCGGUAUAGCCACCCACAAACGCCACAGAUCUCGCGCCAGCAGUCCAUUGAGUCUUUUAGGGAGGGCAUUCUGUCCAUGCCGCCACCUGGACUAGAUCCAUUGGCUUUGCAGCGGGUUGUGACACCAUGCGAGGACGAAUAUCAGUCAAUUGGAGCUUUCAAGCUGGGAACGUUGCGUAUCACCAACGGUACUGCGAGCCCAUUGAGCCCCGAGCUCGAGGGGAAGGGACAAAGAGUAGACUAUUUUUCGAGGGUGCAGAGCAGCCUUGAUUCACGUGCGGAGGCGUCACAAUUCCUCCAAGUCAAAAUGCCAGAGCCGCGUGUGGUGAAACCAGCCAACAACGUUUUGGCUGCUCUGUCCCAGAAUUCAACUCAACCCGAAUAUUCUUCAAACGAAGUCCUGGACGUCCGUCUGGACCCGAAUGCAAAGUCGCAGCCUAGCACAUCCCCCAGCAGUGAUGCGGCUACGACUGUCGCCAGAACCGACAGCGGGUUCAUGAGCAUCUUUGACGAAUCUCUUAACACCAAGCCUUUGGCCAAGGCCGAUUCUGGAUACAGUUCCAAUGUGUCUUUGCGCUCGCUCCACACCAAGGCCAAGAUCUCCGAUCGGGAGAAGAACAAAUCAGACGAGAUACAGAUCAGUCCAGUCAAGGUUCAAGAUUUUGGCCUCGACAUUCCACUCAGUGUUUCUCCUCCUUCAAUGACGCCCGAAUCAGAGGCGCCUCCAUCAGUCCCUGCUAAAGAUACUCCCCCAGUCUCUCCUCUCGAGGGAGGCCAGAUGUUUGAGAAUCUCCGGAAGAGUCUUUCUCUCCGCGGUCAGCAAGCUAAAGCCGGUCUCCUCACUCCCAAGUCCUCGCAGAAAAGCGAAAAGCGUCCUUCACUAAGUGGCAGUAGCCCGAAGUCUCCCGAACUUAGCAGCCUUACUCCAGCCAGCACUAAGUCCAGCAAGUCAGAUCGUUCAAACUCGGCUCACAGCAUCAGCAGCACGUCACAGAAGCCGAGCAGGCUGCAGAGAUUUUUGAGCGGAGCUCGCCGUCCCACCAGUUCUCUGCCUACACACAGCCGUUAUGCACCUGAAGAGAUAUGCGUUCCAGCCAUCCCGAAAGACGUCGAGCACGGAUUCCGUGACCACGGCCGGCGCUUUCCCAUAACCGCUAGGAGGCUGGCUCUCAAGCCCCGUUCCAGCAUGGACACUCUGAAGACCAUCUUUAGUGUGGGCAGUGUUGAAGCAAGCCUCGAAGCAACCACCGCCAAACCGACGGUUACCACCGUUCCUGAGGCGGAAACUGGCGAACUUGCCGCGACCAAGGGUGUGUCCUGGAGAAAGUCGAUUAGGAAGUCGAUGGUCAGGAAGCCCGUACGUACUAGCAAAGACGAUAUGAGGGAGGGCCGCGAAGAGGAGCAACCAGGCAUCUAUGAUUCGAUUCUUCCACCCAAGAGUGGAAAGGUUUACGGUAGUACCGUCAAGAGCAGCUCUGGGUCCGAAGCACUCAAGGAGGCGGAAAUGGCCGGAUCCAGAUUACCAUGCGAUCGGACAAUGAGUCUCACUGUCUCGCUUGAGCGAACUCUCAAUAUGCAGAUGGUUGGAGCGCACUCGAACCUGGCUGGCUUGCCUACAGAACUGCCCCCGGCGUCACUCCCGAGCCCAAUGAUUUUCCGGACUGCGUCCAUGACAUUCGACCACAAUACGACGCAUAAUCAACCACCCGUCAGCAUGCAGACGAGACGGUCGUCGCUUCGGGUACCCCAACCUCAUCUGCGGCCACAAUCGUCAACUUCCAGCUUGAGACAUGAGGUCAGCCGUGAGGAUGUUCACAGCUAUCCGUCUGUGCAGUCUAGUCGCAGACCGAGCAGAGAAAGCAUCCACAGCUACCCGGUGCACGAACAGGCAGCUCAGAACUACAGUGCUCACGAGGAAUUGGGGACUAUUGGCCAGGACUACUUGGGCACUUCGGCUGCUCCUCCCCAGAUGGACCCUCGACGGCUCGCCGCGUUCAGGCAGCGCCAGAAUACCUUGCCUCCUACCUACAGGGUUCCCGACUGGAAUCCACCAACCAGGAGUGACAUCAGCCGUCAGUCGUCCAUGACAUCUUCGAAUGGAACGAGUCAUCACAAUUCUAGUAACGGAAUCCAAAGGCCGAGCAGUGCCCAGCCUCGCCAUAGUUCCUACAUCCAGCGGGCUCAGACGCUUCGUCAUAGGCCCAGUCAUGACGCUUAUCAGCAGUUGCGCCUCCAGAAUGCUAACCCUCCGGACAUGUCAAGUGUCUACGGAGUGCUGGCAAACGAACCCUGGAGCAACCCCAACAUGGACUACAGGGGAACUCAAGGGCACGUGGUGCCUGACAGCACAUACCCGUCCUACGUUCCCCGACAGACAGGCCAUCAUAGGAAGCGUAGCAUGAGCAUGCACACUUCGCAGGGUCCUAAUCCGCCUUAUCGGAUCCUUCACAGCUACAACUCACCAGCUUACCGCAAUGCCCCAAUCUGGGGCUAA